AUGGAAAAAAUGGGGUACAAAUAUGAAGCAUUUUUGGGGGAUGAUAUAGGAAAUACAGAUUUGAUAAAUAAUAAAAUUGAAAAUAAUCGAGAAAGUGAUGAUAACGAAAUGAAAGAAUCGAGUUUAAAUAAUAUAUAUAGUAAAAUAAUAAAAAUUAGAAAAGAAUUAGAAAAAAAUUAUAAUUUAUUCUAUUCAUAUAAUUUAAUUAUUAGUAGUAAUGAUAAACAAGAAAAUAUGAAUAGUUCAUAUAAUAAUUACACUAAUAUGUAUAAUAAAAAUAGUAAUAUACUAUCUAAUAAUAAUACAGCAUCAAACAAUAUAACAUUAAACAAAAUAAAUGCGUUAACAAAUUCCUUUUAUGUAAAUGUAGAAACGUUAAAAAAUACUUUUGAAUUUAUAAAUACUAAUAACAGAGAAAUUUUAAAUAGCAAAAAUAUGAUUUGGGAAAAAAGAAUUGAAACAUUAAAUAGCGAGGCAAAUUCUUAUAUAAAAACCUUGGACAAUAUUUAUAAAACAAAUUUAAGAAAACAAGAGCAAAUAAGAAAUAAUAAUAAUAGCAAUGAAAGUUUAGGAUAUUUACAUAAUAAAAAAAAAAAAAAAUUCGAAAAUGAUGACAAUACAAUUAGCUAUUUACAUAAAGAAAGAGAUAUUUUAAAGGACGUUGAAAAUAAUUUAAAUAUAUUUCAUGUUCAAGGUAUUAAUACCUUAGAUAUGUUAAGAAAACAAAAUAAAUUUUUAAAAGGAGUUCGGAAAAAAGUUAUUGAUAUGUAUAAUUAUAUUGGGUUAUCUUCAUCUCUAAUUAGUACUAUAAAAAAAACAGACAAACAAAACUUAAUUAUUGUAAUAGUUGGAAUUAUUUUAUCCUCUAUUUUUUUUUAUGUUUUAUAUUCCUAUUUCAAGCGAUAA